UUUGCGACAAUUGAUACAAAAGCGACAGGGAAAGUGAGGGGGGAAAAAGGGAGAGAUCUCGUCACGUGUGUCCACUUCCGUUGCGGAAGUGCACUUCCCCCCUCUCUAUUCCGUGCCUCGGAAGUCGAGUUACAGGUGAGUGGAGGAGAUGGAGGUGGAGGCUAGGGUUUACGUCGCCGUACCGGAGAGUUUCAGAGAGGGGAGGUCGAUCCUCGCGUGGGCUCUCAAGAACGUGGCCAACAAUGCCAAGGUGUUCAUCACCCACGUCCAUAUCCCUCCCCAGAUGAUCCCCAUACUGGGUACCAUGUUUCCUGCUAGUCAAGUAAGUGAGAAAGAGGUCAUUGCGUACAGGCGAGUUGAGAAGGCAAAAGUGCUUAAGAAGUUAAACGAGUACCUCCCGACGUGCGAGAAACUAAAGACUAGCGCCAUGAAACUAGUGAUUGAGAUGGACGAUAUUGGUAGAGGGCUCGAAGAGCUCAUCGUGCAACAUAGGAUUACUAAGCUUGUUAUGGGAGCAGCAGAAGAUGCGAAAUAUCAUAGGGAAAUGAGAGCGCCAACGUCCAGGACGGCAAUCAGGGUGAUGCAGAACGCUUAUCCGACAUGCAAGAUAUGGUUUGUGUGCAAAGGAAACUUGAUCUAUGUCAGAGAGGCUCGUGAGGCUCCGCCACCCCCACCGAUCUCGAGCUCAGUUCGGAAUUUGUCACCGUUAAUGUCAUUACAACCUCAACGUAUCGGAAGCCCUGGGCAAAAUAGUUCCAUGCAGAGAUCAGUAUCCGCAGCAGCAGGUUAUCAACAAGGUGAUCCAUGGGAUGAUGUCUUGCCGAGACGUCCACAGAGUUCUGAAGCCGCAUCAUGGUCUGCGAGUGAUGACAUUGCUAGCAACUCUGGAUCAUCAUCGCUAGCGAGGGAUGAACAGAGCGAAGUUGGGUCUGUACUACUACCUUCAGUGCACGAAUCUGAUAGUGAGGAGAAUCAGUAUUCAUCGCCAAGACAUGGAGUGGAAGACACCAGGGUUGAUGCUGAUAUAUGUAAGAAGUAUGGUGAGCUCCUUUCAGAAAUUGAGAAAUUGAGGAAGGAAGUUUUAGAAGAAUCCCACAAGUGCCGGAAUGCUCAGAAAGAUUUUAUUUCCGAACGCCAAAAAGUUAAAGCAGCGAUGAAGCAAACGAAAGAAAUUGAGGAAGCACUCGCAAAAGAGAAGCAGGAAAAUGAACUACUGACAACUCAGAGAGACGAACUAAACGAACAAGUCCAGAGGGCAGAUGAGCUGAAUUUGGAAUUGGAACGACGUAUCUCAAGUUCUGAUCGUGCUGCCAAGGAACUGGAAGAUACAUUGACAGCAAGCAGAUACCUUCUCAAUUCACUCCAAGCAGACUUUGAUCAGGUGAAGCGUGAGCGAGAUGAGGCGGUUAGAGAGGCUCAUGAGUUGCGUAGCAGGAGAGACCAGAUGAGUUCUGAGUUCUCUCUUCUGGAACUGAAUCAGGCAACGCAAGAUUUCAGCGAUUCGCUGAAGAUCGGCGAAGGCGGGUAUGGAGCUGUCUAUAGAGGUUUUCUUCGCAACACAGCAGUAGCUAUAAAGAAGCUGCACUCUGAUAGUAUGCGAGGCGCAUCAGAGUUCCAUCAGGAGGUUUCUAUUCUCAGUAGAGUGAGGCAUCCGAAUCUUGUUACUCUCAUAGGAGCAUGCUUAGAAGGCUGGGCUCUGGUCUACGAGUUCCUUCCGAAUGGGAGCCUCGAAGAUCGUCUCAUCCGUGCGAACAACACACCACCUCUUUCAUGGCAGACCCGCAUCCGAAUCAUCGGGGAGAUUUGUACAGCUCUGAUCUUCCUUCACACGAAUAAGCCCCAUCCUAUUGUACAUGGUGACCUCAAGCCUGCCAACAUCCUACUCGACGCCAACUUCGUGAGUAAGCUUGGUGACUUUGGCGUGAGCCGCUUCCUGAUUCGGUCGAACACCACCACCUCCACCACCACCACCCUCUACCGGACCGCGCAUCCCUGCGGAACAUUCGCGUACAUGGACCCCGAAUAUAUCACCAAGGGGGAACUCACACCGAAGUCCGAUGUUUACUCCUUUGGUAUUAUAAUUCUGCGUCUUUUGACGGGAAAACCUCCGUUGGCCAUCACUAGAGAAGUGGAGAAAGCCUUGGAGGGAAGGAACCUAGAUUCGAUCAUUGACACCUCUGCGGGGGAGUGGCCUUUCGUGCAAGCCAAUCAGUUGGCCCACCUGGGUGUAAGAUGUGCGGAGCUAAGCAGGAGGCGGCGUCCCGAUCUUGUGGGGGAGGUGUGGAGGGUGAUUCAGCCCAUGAUGAACGUUGCUUCUUUAUCUGCGAGCCCGUCGUUUCGGUCUGGCUCGGAUGGAAACUCCAUGCCGUCCUACUUCAUCUGUCCAAUCUUUCAGGAGGUCAUGAGAGAUCCUCACAUUGCAGCCGACGGCUUCACGUAUGAAGCUGAGGCUAUAAGAGGUUGGAUCGAAAGCGGGCACGACACCUCACCAAUGACUAACCAAAAGCUUCUCCGCUUGGAGCUCAUUCCGAAUCACACCCUUCGUUCUUCUAUACAAGAAUGGCGGCAGCAGCACCACCACCAUCAGUCAUGACUUGCUCGAUACUUUUUGUGACCGUUGAUUUGGAGCCGCACUCUGAUACUCAUGAUAUACUAAUGCCCACUAUGUAUAAUUGAUUGACAUGUCAAUAGUGUUAUUUUAAUACAGGAGCAAAGUGAGACGCGAUCAUGUGAGAGAUGUAAAAGAAAUGCCUUUACGUUUGAUGUACAGUUUUGCUAUUUUUGCAAAUGUAUCUACG